AUGAUCAAUGCCGUCCUUGUGUUCAACAACAACGGUCAACCCCGGUUGACCAAGUUCUAUACUCAAAUUGAUACCCAAACCAAACAGACCCUUAUCACCCAGAUCUACAACCUCGUCUCUCAACGACCCCCCAGCGCCUGCAACUUCCUCCCCCUCCCGCCUCUGCUCUCCCGCGGCGCCAAGUCCAACGCCGCCCACGGACCCUCCGACGCGCCCACCCAGAUCACCUACCGCACCUACGCGACCCUCUCGUUCAUCAUGAUCUCCACCUCCACCGAAUCGCCUCUGGCGCUGAUCGAUUUGAUUCAGGUCUUCGUCGAGGCGUUGGACCGCAUGUUCGAGAACGUCUGCGAGCUGGAUCUCAUCUUCGGGUACGAGACGAUGCACGCGGUGCUGGGCGAGAUGAUCGUCGGUGGGGUGGUUGUCGAGACGAAUAUCGAGAAGAUCGUGGCUGGGCCCCCUAAGUCCGGAAAGAAGGUUGCCUCCCUCCCUUACCCCCAGGGUAAGGCUGGCUCCAAGAAGGCUGCUAAGAACCCUCUCAUCGAGAAGCGUUCCCGCAACUUCGGUAUUGGCCAGGACAUCCAGCCCAAGCGCAACCUGAGCCGCUUCGUCAAGUGGCCCGAGUAUGUCCGCCUUCAGCGCCAGAAGAAGAUCUUGAACCUCCGCCUCAAGGUCCCCCCUUCCAUCGCUCAGUUCCAGAGCACCCUGGACCGCAACACCGCUGCCCAGACCUUCAAGCUCCUCAACAAGUACCGCCCUGAGACCAAGGCCGAGAAGAAGGAGCGUCUCCACGUCGAGGCCACCGCCGUCGCUGAGGGCAAGAAGAAGGAGGAUGUCUCCAAGAAGCCCUACAACGUCAAGUACGGUCUCAACCACGUUGUCGGCCUCGUCGAGAACAAGAAGGCUUCCCUCGUCCUCAUCGCCCACGAUGUCGACCCCAUCGAGCUGGUUGUCUUCCUUCCCGCUCUCUGCCGCAAGAUGGGUGUCCCCUACGCCAUCGUCAAGGGCAAGGCUCGUCUCGGUACCGUCGUCCACAAGAAGACCGCUGCUGUCCUCGCUCUCACUGAGGUCCGCUCCGAGGACAACGCUGAGUUCUCCAAGCUCCUCUCCGCCAUCAAGGAGGGUUACACCGACAAGUACGAGGAGUCCCGCCGCCACUGGGGUGGUGGUAUCAUGGGCGCCAAGGCUGUCGCCCGCCAGGAGAAGAAGCGCAAGGCCGUUGAGGGUGCCAUCCGUGUCUAA